AUGGCAUCGGGACAGGCGCAGGAGCAACGUGUCAACCUCGAGAACUCAAUCAAGCUGCAGCGCAACAUGACGAAGAUGGUGUUUGGCGAGCUUGCCUACCAGCGGCAGCUCUUCCCGGAAGACUGCUUCGAGCUCAAGGAGAUGGGCGGGAACCACAUCCACACCUUGUCCGCCGAAAGCGACAAUCUCCCGCGCUCACACCCGGCCCGACCGGCUUGCAGUGCCCUGCGCAACGGCUACCUGGAGAAGGUCAUGUUUGUGCUGGCCCACGACCAAGCCUGUGAGCACCCGAUCGAGGUCUGGGACCUCAGCUACACCUACGAGAGCGACGACACCGACAAGGUCACCAAGGACUACAUCCGGGACGUGGUCAAGGUCGUGCUGCGGCGGCUCAGCCUGCUCCUCCAGGGCCUCGAUGACGUGCCGCAGGAGCGGUGGUGUGGCAUGAGGCUGCUCUACCGCGACGAUGUGACGCCCAGCGACUACGAGCCGUCCGGCUUCUCGCCGGCGCCCGCGACCGUCGCUGGCGCCGGGUCGUUCUUUUUUGAGCGCCCGGCAACCUUCUUCAUGGUUGGCAAGGUGUCGACCGGCCACCACGCGCUGUCGCUUGGUGUCGCGCUGCCGGAGAUGCCUGGAAUCGAGCCCACCGCGCACGAUGAGGCGUGCACCACCCGCGACGGCAGCGGCUACCGCUUCGAUCUCGUCCAGGCCGCCGACGGCCCCCCCGACGACGAGGACGAGCUGCGAGGCGGCGUCGGGCUGCGGGGCGGUCGUCGAGGGAACGGCGAGGACCUUGAGCGGCUCACGCAAGAGGCGAGCGAGGGUCUGGAAGACCACAUCGGUGCGCACAUCACGGCGCACGACCUUGCCGCCGAGCUGGAGGUUGAGGCGAUUGUCGCCGAGGAGGUGCUGCAGCGUCUUCAGGCGGACGGUCGCGUGUCGUGCCUGAAGCCGAACCCGCAAGGGCCGCCCACCCGCCAGGUGCAGCGGUUCCCCUCCGGAGCGACGUCGCAAGAUGAGCUCGCUUGA